AGGUGGGGAGGAUGAGGUCUGAGUCUAGAUGACUGAAGGAUCGAGCAGCAGAGGUGUCCUGGCUCUUCUCCUCCCUGGCUGUAGGCAGUGAUGUCUUUCACUAGCAUGUAUAGAAAUUUUGCAUUCAACGGACAAACAGGAGUAACUGAAGGUCCAGAAGAUGAGGAUUAUGAGAACAUGGCCCCAUCCAAAGAAGACCUUCCUCCCAAGCCAGGGACCAGGAAGUUUCCAGGCCCAGGUGGAAGAUUGGGAUGGCUGAGGGGUUCGAUAGCUCCCCCAAGACCUCCCCGAGCAGGGAAGAAAACAAUGAAACCAGCACUUCCCAGCAAGUCCUCACAAGCAGCAGGCUUGGGCCCUGCUGUUGUGUCCCGUUCCCCACUUCCCCAAAUGGCUGUUCCCCAUCCACAGCUCAUCCAGGGGUUUCAGCUCAGCCAGGUACCCCAGUCCAGCCAGAUGUCCCAGCCCAGCCAUGUGUUCCAGCCAAGUCAAGGGCCACAGUUCACUCAGGAACCUCAGUUCAGCCAAGGGUUUCAGCUUACCCAGGUGCUCGAGUCCAGGCAGAAAAGAAAGAUCCCCCAGCUCACUCGGAAAGAGAAAAUGGCAGUGUGCCUUUGUAUGCUGGUGGGGAUAGCAUUGCUCCUGGGGGUGACAAGCCUUGCUGUGACCUUGAUGAAGUUGGCUGGACCAAGGGAUCUGACUGGACUAAGGAAGUACAUUGAUCAAAUCCGAGAUGACACCAACCAAACCAUAACUGAACUUCGAGAUUUAAUUGGCUGCACCAGAAAGUCCUGUCCAAAGACCUGGCUUCCUUUUGGGGGAAGCUGCUACUUUUUCUCUACAGUGACCAAGAGCUGGGAUGCUGCCAAUAUAUUUUGCAUGGAGAAUUACUCUCAUCUGCUCAUCAUCAGCAACACUGAGGAACAGAAUUUUGUGUCGGAGACCCAUUCCUCAAAGCGGACCUACUGGCUGGGGCUGACUGACAGAAAAGUGGAAGGGGUGUGGCAAUGGCUGGAUGGGUCCUUGCUUACUUUAAGCUUCUGGAAGCUAGGGGAGCCCAAUAAUAUGUACAAUGAGGACUGUGUCAUCAUGCUCCUAGAUGGCCAAUGGAAUGACGUAUCUUGUUACUUGAGCACAUACUGGAUUUGUGAGAGGAAAUCUACCUGUUGAUUCUUUCAAGUGAAGCUGUGGCUGGACCCAGGGCCUCCUCUUCUUAGAUGAAUGUUCAGAUUUGGGGUAGAAACUUACCCUUUCAGAAAAUGUUCCCCAAGUCUUUGCUUGUCAAGGGUCUCAGACUGCUAUGACAUUGAUUUCCUCCCCACAACACCUGACUCAGCACUGUCCAGCAAGAUGGAUGUCAGUUUAAUUUCAAGGACCAGGAUUUGGGUCUGAACAUACUAUAACGUGACAAUAAACAGUGAGCUGUGUCCACUAUGAGGUGGCUAGGAUGAAAGUGGCGGGUAGAAGAUCAAUUUGGGCCUUGGCACUUGGUCCCCACAACUUUGAUGACUUCAUUGGCCAUUAUGCAGUUGAAAACCAUCACUAGUCCCAAGGAAUCUUAGGAGUUUGGGCUGGGGGUUUAGGUUUACUUCCAGACAGAUCAAGGGUUUGCUUUGGUCCAAGAACUCUGAGUCCCUGCUUCAAUCAAUAUGGGUUGAGUUUUAAGGAAGGCUCUAGGUCUCAUAGGGUUUCCUGGAUAAGAGAAAACAUAAAACUGGGCUAAGCCACUUAGUUGCUGUGAUUUCUCUAGAUCCACUCUGGAGGUUUGAGCGGAACUGAACCAACCUUUGACGGAUAGGUGAAGGAAGGCAUCUCUUACCACAUUUGAUGGAUUCUGGAAUGUCUUCAGUUAGGUUUAUCCCAGGCAGAGCGGCAGAGUGGGAGUCCAUCAUUGACGUGGUUCAUGGGUCUGAUCACCUCCUUCAUACUCAUGUCCCAAUUGCACAUAGUUAACCCCCUGCAUCAGGUCCAGGAUUAUAGCCAACAGCCCUGUCUGGCUUUAAAACCUAAAUUGAUUGAGAUAAUAUAUUUAGAGGUACCUUAGAGGUCAUAUAGUCCAACCUCUGAUUCUAUUUAUUUUGGACAUGAUGAAACCUUGACCCAGGAAGAAAAAAGGACUUGUCCAAAGGCCCCUAGGUUUAGGGUUAUCAAAGGUUCCAGUUAUUUGCUAUCUAAGUAACAGAGCUAGGAUUUCAACUGAGGCCCUCUGAUUCUGAAUCCAGAAUUCUUCUCACUGCCCCAUCCAUGCUGCCUCAUUGGUCAUAUCUUUAGUUAUAUCUAUUUCUCUCUAAGUAUUUCUACACACACAUAUACCCACCCAUACACAUAUACGCUCAUGAUAUAUGCUUUAUGUGUAAGUAUAUAUUACAUAUAAAUAUAUAAAGUUCACAUACACAGACACACAGACACACAGACACACACACACACACACACACACUCACACACAUAAUCACACACUUUGCUGGCUUGAAUCUUAAAACUAAGAUCAUGGCCACUGAUCACUCCCUGGCAAAUAGAGGGGGGAGAAAUGGAAACAGUAUCAGAUUUUAUAUUCUUGGGUUCAAAGAUUAUUGCAGAUGGCGACUGCAGCCAGGAAAUUAAAAGAUGCUUGUUCCUUGGAAGGAAAACUAUGGCAAAUUUGGACAGCAUACAAAAAAAGCAGACAUCACUUUGCCGACAACAGUCUUUAUACUCAAAGCUAUGGUUUGUCCAGUAGCAAUGUAUGACUGUGAGAAUUGGAUUAUAAGGAAAACUGAGCACCACAUUAACAACGCUGUUGAAUUCUGGUGCUGGAGAAGACACUUGAGAGUCCCUAGGGCAGCAAGGAGAGCAAAUCAGUCACUUAAAGAAAUUAAUUCAGGCUAUUCACUGGAAGGACAAAUACUGAAGCUGAAGUUUAAAUAUCUUGGCAGUGUAAUGAGAGGAUAGGACUUAUUAGAAAAGACCCUGAUAUUGGGAAAGAUUGAAGGCAAAAGGAAAAGAGGAUGGCAGAGGAUGAGAUGGAUAGAUAGUGUCAUGGAAAUAACAAACAAACUUGGACGGACGUUCAGAGAUAGUGGAGACUAGAAGGGCCUGGUGUGCUAUGGUCCACAGGGUCACAAAGAGCUGGACACGACUGAACGACUGAACAACAAUGCAUAUCUACUUCAUUUAUAUAUACUUAUAUAUAUAUAUAUAAUAUAUAUAUGUAUUUUUAUGUAUACACUUAUAAAACUUGUCAAGAAGUGGAAAAAGGAACAAAAUUAAACU